UAAGUUAUAACAUGGUGAAAACUGAUAACUUUUAAAAUUAAAACUUCCUAACACAAUAGUUUAAAAUCAGUACACGUAUUUAACUGAUCAGGUUAACAUACAAAACUAUUAAUUUUCAGCAUAAUGAAGAUAUUUAGCAGUCUAUUAACAGGAAUAUUUUUCAUAAUUGGAUUGCCGUAUUUCGCGCGGAGUACAAGCGAAUGUCCCGAUGGCACAUAUGGGUUGAACUGUUCACAGACGUGCAGCACACAUUGUCGUUAUGGAAACGAACCCUGUAACAAAGCAGACGGAAGUUGCCAUGAUGGAUGUGCUACUGGAUAUGACUAUUUUCUAGAUACAAAGUGCAACCGAAAGUGCGCUUCUGGCCAUUCCGGGUGGAGGUGUCAACCUUGCGGACACUGCAAAGAUUCCGAGUGUGACUGGAUGACUGGUGAAUGUACCCACGGGUGUGAUUCUGGGUGGUGGACACCAAUAUGCAAAACUGCAUGCGACGACGGCAAAUAUGGGUUAAACUGUUCACAGUCAUGUGGCAAAAACUGCGUUGAUCCUCGUUCAUGUAACAAAACGAAUGGAGCGUGCAUUGGUGGAUGCCGUCCUGGAUAUGAUUACCAGGAAGACGUGUUUUGCAAUAUUGCAUGCGAACGAGGAUACUUUGGACUGAACUGCACUUCAAAGUGCCACUGCAAAGAAGGACUAAAUUGUGACCACGUAUCUGGGAUAUGCUCCGGGUCAAGAUGUGAACUCGGAUGGACUGGCGACAAUUGUAGUAUACAAUGUCCCGAUGGCACAUAUGGGUUGAACUGUUCACAGACGUGCAGCACACACUGUCGUUAUGCGACCCUUCCCUGUAACAAAGAAGACGGAAGGUGCCAUGAUGAAUGUGUACCUGGAUAUGACUAUCAUCUAGAUUCAAAGUGCACGCAAAAGUGCGCUUCUGGCCAUUCCGGGUGGAGGUGUCAACCUUGCGGACACUGCAAAGAUUCCGAGUGUGACUGGAUGACUGGUGAAUGUACCCACGGGUGUGAUUCUGGGUGGUGGACACCAAUAUGCAAAACUGCAUGCGACGACGGCAAAUAUGGGUUAAACUGUUCACAGUCAUGUGGCAAAAACUGCGUUGAUCCUCGUUCAUGUAACAAAACGAAUGGAGCGUGCAUUGGUGGAUGCCGUCCUGGAUAUGAUUACCAGGAAGACGUGUUUUGCAAUAUUGCAUGCGAACGAGGAUACUUUGGACUGAACUGCACUUCAAAGUGCCACUGCAAAGAAGGACUAAAUUGUGACCACGUAUCUGGGAUAUGCUCCGGGUCAAGAUGUGAACUCGGAUGGACUGGCGACAAUUGUAGUAUACAAUGUCCCGAUGGCACAUAUGGGUUGAACUGUUCACAGACGUGCAGCACACACUGUCGUUAUGCGACCCUUCCCUGUAACAAAGAAGACGGAAGGUGCCAUGAUGAAUGUGUACCUGGAUAUGACUAUCAUCUAGAUUCAAAGUGCACGCAAAAGUGCGCUUCUGGCCAUUCCGGGUGGAGGUGUCAACCUUGCGGACACUGCAAAGAUUCCGAGUGUGACUGGAUGACUGGUGAAUGUACCCACGGGUGUGAUUCUGGGUGGUGGACACCAAUAUGCAAAACUGCAUGCGACGACGGCAAAUAUGGGUUAAACUGUUCACAGUCAUGUGGCAAAAACUGCGUUGAUCCUCGUUCAUGUAACAAAACGAAUGGAGCGUGCAUUGGUGGAUGCCGUCCUGGAUAUGAUUACCAGGAAGACGUGUUUUGCAAUAUUGCAUGCGAACGAGGAUACUUUGGACUGAACUGCACUUCAAAGUGCCACUGCAAAGAAGGACUAAAUUGUGACCACGUAUCUGGGAUAUGCUCCGGGUCAAGAUGUGAACUCGGAUGGACUGGCGACAAUUGUAGUAUACAAUGUCCCGAUGGCACAUAUGGGUUGAACUGUUCACAGACGUGCAGCACACACUGUCGUUAUGCGACCCUUCCCUGUAACAAAGAAGACGGAAGGUGCCAUGAUGAAUGUGUACCUGGAUAUGACUAUCAUCUAGAUUCAAAGUGCACUCAAAAGUGCGCUUCUGGCCAUUCCGGGUGGAGGUGUCAACCUUGCGGACACUGCAAAGAUUCCGAGUGUGACUGGAUGACUGGUGAAUGUACCCACGGGUGUGAUUCUGGGUGGUGGACACCAAUAUGCAAAACUGCAUGCGACGACGGCAAAUAUGGGUUAAACUGUUCACAGUCAUGUGGCAAAAACUGCGUUGAUCCUCGUUCAUGUAACAAAACGAAUGGAGCGUGCAUUGGUGGAUGCCGUACUGGAUAUGAUUACCAGGAAGACGUGUUUUGCAAUAUUGCAUGCGAACGAGGAUACUUUGGACUUAACUGCACUUCAAAGUGCCACUGCAAAGAAGGACUACAUUGUGACCACGUAUCUGGGAUAUGUUCCGGGUCAAGAUGUGAACUCGGAUGGACUGGCUACAAUUGUAGUAUACAACUAGUGACGAAUGAGACAACAGCUCAAGAACCCGUAAAGCCGUUAUCUUCAAUAUUGUCAAUGAAAGACAACUAUAUUAAACUUUUAUUAAUUAUAAUAUCAGUGAUAUCAACGGUCCUGGGACUUUUUAGCGCAGCCUUUAUAUUAAUGUUCUGCAUUAAACGUUCGAGAAGGAUAAAAGAGAAGCCAUCCGCAAACUCUGAUAGUUCCACAAAAUCCUUGAAUCUGACGUCUACAUCCACAAUUAUAUAUGGUGCUCUAUCGAUAACAGCACAAAUAUCUACUGACGAUGAGCAGGUGCAAAUGAGCUCAGAUGCAUGUGAAUCCGAUUCUCCCGAGUAGUGGCUCGUUCGAAUAUAAGGACGUACAUCCUGCUUUUAUAGCGAACAAGUGUACUUGAAGGAACCACUUAUGUCAUAAAAUCGAGUUGUCUGAAGUAUUAACAUAGAACUAAACUCAAUUUUUUAAAUUAAUAAACAAAAAUGUAUGACUGUUUUA